AUGGCGCCCCAGAAGCCAGAGACUUUCAUGCUGAGCACCGAAGCGCAGCAGGCAUUGCCGCACGAUGCUCAGGUCGCCCUGCAACAGGUCGACAACCUCAAAUACUUCCUCAUUUCCGCCCCCGUCGACUGGCAGCCCGACCAAUACAUUCGGCGGUUCCUCCUCCCCACCGGCGAAUACGUUUCCUGCGUCCUUUGGAACAAUCUCUUCCACAUUUCCGGCACCGACAUUGUGCGAUGCCUGUCCUUCAGAUUCCAGGCCUUCGGCCGCCCUGUCAAGAACUCGAAAAAGUUCGAGGAGGGCAUCUUCUCGGACCUGCGAAACCUCAAGUCGGGAACCGACGCCUCCCUGGAGGAACCCAAGAGCGCCUUCCUCGACUUCCUCUACAAGAAUAACUGCAUUCGCACCCAGAAGAAGCAAAAGGUCUUCUACUGGUACAGCGUACCGCACGACCGCCUCUUCUUGGAUGCCCUGGAGCGUGACCUGAAGCGCGAGAAGAUGGGCCAGGAGGCGACCACAGUUGCCGUCAGCGAGCCUGCCCUGUCAUUUCAGUACGAUUCGUCGCAGUCGCUCUACGAGCAGCUCACCAAAACGCAACAAGCCAAUUCGUCCUCGUUCAACGCCCAACAAGCGUCUUUUUCUCAGAGCCAGUCCACCUCGCCGGUCAUGCGGGCCAUGGAUUCGAUGCCGCCCCCUAGCAUGAUGCCGCAGUCGAUGGCCCCUUUAGCCGAGGGGAUGGACGCGAUGGUGCCCUACGAUUCGAUGCCCAUGACGGCCGCUGUGCCCCAGCAGGUUCAGCCCGUCAAGAGGGACCCUGACUUCACGCGCGUCCAGUACAACCAGAACGGCGUGCCCAUCACGCACGGCCACCAGCGUCACGCGUCAAUGCCGGCCUACGGAUUGGAGUAUUCGCCCGCCCCUUCGUUUGUCUCGUCCCAGUAUGAAGACUACAGCAACCGAGGCAUCUCCUUCGAGCCCAUCACGCCGCCGCAGCAGGCCCUGGGCAUGGCUGGCGAACCCGCCUACAUCGCCAAUGAGGAGACGGGCUUAUACUCUGCCAUCCCUGACCACAUGUCGAACAUGAACGGUUUGAACGGCAUGGUCCAGCUUCCUCCCUCCAACUUGGCUGGGUCCCAGUUCAACCGACCGUACGGGUCAAACAACGUCUACUCUGUGAUCGAAGGCUCGCCGACGUAUAAGCAGAGGAGACGGCGUUCAUCCAUCCCGCCAUCAAUGUCGGCCAUGGCCGCGCCUCCAGUUUCGCAUCCCACCGCCGCUCACCGCCCGUCCGACCUCAGGAGGUCGGUCUCAGCCUCAGUUGGCCCGGUCGCCGAGGGCGAGGAGUCGGCCAACAACUCGCCCCCUGGCCUGUCAUACAGUGCAUCGGGUGCUUCCAUGGCGAGCCAUCACCACAAGGACGUUGUGGACAUGUCUCGCCACGGCACGCCCCUGUCCACCGUCGACGGCAGCCCCGCCCUGAACCCAAUGUCCAUGCAGCAGGAGUAUGCCCAAGUCUCUGCGGAAGACUACGGCGGCGACGGUUCGUUCAAGGACCACCGCCGCACCCUCUCCGGGCCCAACGGCGUGGUUCGCCGUGCUCGCUCGGCAACCGUCAUGGAGCUCGGCCCAUACCCUCACAAGUCUCACUCCUGCCCAAUUCCCACGUGCGGACGCUUGUUCAAGCGUCUCGAGCACCUGAAGCGACACAAGCGUACCCACAGUCGCGAAGAUGGCGGAGACGGCUCGUUCAACAUGUCAGCCGAGGAAGAAGAGGAGCUGUCUGGUGAAGAUCAGCUGGGCUCUCUCGAGGAAGCAUCGCCAACGUCAGAAAUGGCGUAUGCUCCUGGCUCCCUCAACUCGGCUGCGAAUGCUGCCGCCAGCGAGGCGAGCGCCUCAAAUAACGGGCAUUCGCAAACGACCAUGGGGCAGACGUUCAACAGCCUGCAAACGCUCAGCAUGCCCAUGACAAUCAGCCAGCCGGCCACGAUCAACGGCAUGAUGUGA